UUUUUGGUGAAAAAACACUAAAAAGUUGUGAAAUUAGAGGUUAAUUAGCAAAUAAAUGUGAAAUAAUCAUGGUAAAUAUAUAAAUCUACUAUAUUACAACUAAAUAUAGUUGUAAAACAUAGUUUUUUGUGUAAAAAAUGAUAAUUUGUUGAAUAUUUUGGUCAUGUUGUAUCAUAACCUAACGCCAUCUUGUAUUUUCUACUUCAUACAACCAAUGAGGUUACAAGUUAUCACAUGUAAAACAUGUGCGUUAGUUCUCGAAUGAAAUUUAACGAAACAACACGUAAUUUAAACAAAUUUCAAUUGUUUUUUGAUUAAAAUGGAAGUAGAAACUGUAAUACCUCAUGUGCCACAAGUAGAAAGACGCACGAGUACUCAUAUCAGGUUUUCUGAUGAUGAGGAAGAAACAAGUGAAUUGCAAUCAAAGCUUGGUUUCUGUGAAGUAUGUGCUGCAACAGAAGCAAAAUACACUUGUCCUCGAUGUGAAGUGAAAACCUGCAGUUUAAAAUGCUCGACAAUCCAUAAAAAAGAACUAGAAUGCACUGGGGAACGCGACAGAGCCAAAUUUAUCCCUGUAAAAAAGUUUACAAACCUAGAUUUGUCUAGCGAUUAUAGACUUUUGGAGGAAAUCACUCGCAGUUUGGCUUCUACAAAAAAACUUAGAAAUACUUUCAAUAAAAGUGAUCAAACUCUACCAAAUCAUUUAUUCAGAUUGAAGAAAACUUUGGAAAACAAAACAACAUUAAAAUUUUUACCACUUAACUUUGAUCGCCAUCGUCGCAACACAACAAAACUAAACUUUCAAUCAAAUGUUGUGUUCUGGCAUAUUGAAUGGGUCUUCACCAACGCAGAUAAUCUCCAUCUGCAUGAUGAUUUAGUCCGGGAGACUGAAAAACUCGGCAAAGUCAUCAGAAAAUAUUUAGUAAAGCAAGAAAAUCCAUUGUUACAAGAAAAACUACAAUAUUACCAAGCUGCUGGUAUAACAGGAAUAAAAAUAUUGCUAAGAGCCGAAGGUAAACGUGGUUUAAAAUUCUAUGAAUUGGAUCCCACUCUAACACUUCAAGAAUGCUUCAGAGGCAAAUCAAUCAUAGAAUAUCCAGUGAUUCAGGUAAUAUUUAAAGAUCAUUGUCAUGAUUUACAAGUGAUUGAUUCUGAUGAUGAAGACGGCACUGAAAGCGAUGCCAAGAUUGGCAGCAGUGUGAUAAACAGUAUUAUUAAACACUCUGAGUCUGAAGAAAAUAUUUACAAAGCAAUGAAGAAUCUGUUAUUCAUUUCAGAGCAUUCCGAUGGUGAAAUGUCUGAAUAAUUGUGAUAAAAACACAAAACUCUAAAAAAAGAGAAGAAUUUUUAGUUAUUUUUGAUGUUUUGCAUGAGAAUCUAUGAAAUAAUGUUUAAUUUAUUAGUUUUUGAUGAUUUUGUUUGCAUAAAACAAGUGAUUGUUAAGUUUGCCAGAAGACUGAUUGAGUAAAUAUAUUAUUAUUUUCAUUUUACCAAUUAAACUAAACAAUACAUCGUAAAA